CAUGACAAACGAUACACCAGUAAACUCUAAAAUAUCUUUGGUAAUUGAUAAUCAGACGUAUAUUCGUAUUGUAUCUACAAAAUAUUCUGUUAAACUUUGGUGUGCUUCCUUAGAAUUGACGGACGAAGAGAAAAUUGCAGCGGAGGGAAACAUAAUUGAAGCCGUUACGGUAAAACCAGAAAAUGAUUUAUCAAAUAAAGUUAAAAAGGACAAAAUCACAAAUAUUGACUAUCCUCCCGAAGUAACAACAGAAACUGAGCAAUUAGAUUCAAUUGAAGGUGAAGAACAGCAAACUUUUCUCAUUAGAAGUGUUCAAGAUCCUCAGGAUAAAAAGGAAAUUUCAUUGUACGAUGCAAUUGAAAAAAAGAUCAUUAUACCUGAAAGUGGAAUUUAUAGGUCUACAAAUGGAAAGGAGAUACCUAUUCCAAUAGCCAUGACUGAGGGAAAAAUAACUGUUGAAUAUCAAAAAACAAUCCGAACUAAAGAGACGAAAUCUACACUGGGUAUAAUAACGUUAAAGACACUGAAAGAAAGCGAAGAGACUAUUGAAACAGUCAUAGAUGUUAAAAGUAAUAAAGUUCUUUCGAAAGAGGAUGCACAAGUGAAUGGGAUUCUUAACGAAGAUCUUGGACUUUUUCUAAACACCGAAACAGGUGAUAAGACAUCAAUCGACGAUGCCAUUCAAUCCGGUUUUAUUAUAACAACAAUGAGAGAGGCUGAAGAGAUAACAGAAGUUUACGCAAUCAGGGGUAUAGUCGAUAGAAAGAGAAUGAAAAUAAUUACAUUUCCGGAGGCUUUACACUGCGGAAUAAUUGAUAAGGAUAACGGAGUAUUCAUCGAUACAAGUACAAAUGAAAAGUUAAAUUUUCCAGAGGCUUUGGCUAGAGGUUUUUUAAAAGCGAAUAAAGUUGAAAACCCUAACAGUUUAGAAGUGGAACCAUCCAAUCGAAUGGUAAUUGAUAAGACAAAUGUCAUUAAAAAGAAGAUAUUUGGCAGUUUAAAAGUUAUUAAAGCUUUUAAAGAAGCAUCUAGAAAGGAAGAAUAG